AUGGUUUUAGCAGACUUAGGGAAGCGCAUCAACAAUGCGGUCAACAGUGCGCUUUCAAACUCGCAGGAUGACUACACCACAACGGUGGACGUCAUGUUGAAAAACAUCGUGACUGCUUUACUGGAAAGCGACGUGAACAUCAAAUUGGUGUUCUCUCUCAGAAAUAACAUUCGAGCAACUCUGCUGGAAUCUAAGAGCCGAUCUGUGAACAGCGCUCAAACCAAGAAACUUAUACAGAAGACCGUGUUCGAUGAACUGUGCAACCUUGUAGAUGGCGAGACACAACCGUACGUGCCCAAGAAACGUAAGCAAAAUGUGAUUAUGUUUGUGGGUCUGCAAGGUGCUGGUAAAACGACGUCGUGCACGAAAUUGGCAGUGUACUACUCCAAGCGAGGUUUUAAAACGGGUCUGGUCUGUGCGGAUACUUUCCGUGCUGGUGCGUUUGAUCAACUCAAACAAAACGCCAUAAAAGCUCGAAUCCCAUUCUACGGGUCCUACACUGAAACCAACCCGGUUAAAGUCGCUCAAGAAGGUGUUGCGAAGUUCAAAAAAGAGAAAUUCGAGGUCAUUAUAGUGGACACAUCAGGUAGACAUCGUCAGGAAGAAGAGCUGUUCCAGGAAAUGGUCGAAAUCUCACAGGUCGUCAAGCCCAACCAGACGAUCAUGGUGCUAGAUGCAUCGAUCGGGCAGGCCGCAGAGCAGCAAUCAAAUGCUUUCAAGGAGAGCUCAGAUUUCGGUGCCAUCAUUCUAACAAAAAUGGACGGCCACGCCAAGGGUGGUGGUGCUAUUUCUGCCGUGGCUGCCACCAAGACUCCAAUUAUCUUCAUCGGUACCGGUGAACACGUUCACGACUUUGAGAAAUUCUCUCCCAAGUCGUUUGUGUCCAAACUUCUGGGCAUAGGCGAUAUCGAAAGUUUGCUCGAACAUUUCCAAACGGUUUCCAAUAAGGAAGACACGAAGGCCACAAUGGAGAACAUACAACAGGGUAAAUUCACACUUUUGGAUUUUCAGAAACAAAUGCAGACCAUUAUGAAGAUGGGACCACUGUCAAAUAUAGCUAAUAUGAUUCCUGGAAUGGGCAAUAUGCUGAAUCAAGUGAGCGAAGAAGAGACCACUCAAAGGAUGAAAAAAAUGGUUUUCGUGAUGGAUUCCAUGACCAAACAGGAACUGGAAUCGGACGGCCGCAUCUUUAUCGAUCAACCUGGCCGCAUUGUCCGUGUCGCUAGAGGUUCUGGUACCUCUGCCCUUGAGGUCGAAAUGAUUCUGAUGCAGCAGCAGAUGAUGGCACGCAUGGCACAGUCGACCAAGGGCGGCCAAAGAGGCCCCGGCGGGAUGCCAGGCAUGCCCGGCAUGUCUGGUAUGCCUGGAAUGCCCCAAAUGCCAGGAAUGCCUCAGAUUUCUCCCGCGAUGAUGCAACAAGCACAACAGAAGCUAAGACAGAAUCCUGGAAUGAUGAAGAAUAUGAUGAACAUGUUCAAUGGUGCUGGUGGACCUGGUGGCGGCAUGCCAAACAUGGAUGAAAUGAUGAAAAUGAUGCAAGACCCACAGAUGCAGCAGAUGGCCCAGCAGUUUGGUAUGGGGAUGUAG